UUCUAAGUCAGAGACCAAGCAACGGCUGAGCACUGGAGAGGGAGAGCAGAGUUUGAUCUGGGAGCUGCACAAGGUUCUAUCCAUCUGCUCAUGCACUCUGCAGCCGGGGGAAUAACGUCUUCUUCCGUAGCAAGGCAACUCCUCCAACUCAAGGGCUCGGCAUCUCUUUUCUCUGUUAGAGUGUCCCACUGUAGCUGUCACCCUGAAGUUUCUGGCUGUUUUACUGGUGGCAGGAAUGCUUGCAUUCCUUGGUGCCAUCAUCUGCAUUAUAGCCAGUGUCCAUCCAGCUGCCAAGGCACCUGUCCAUGGUGCUGAAAAUGAGUCGGCUCCGGCUACUCCAGUGGAGAAGAGCUUAGGAGCUCUCCAUGGUGUUAAGACGUUGUAUGGAUCAAAGGAUGCGUUUCUGGAGCUCUCUGGAUCCAAGAGCCAGGCACCUCCAAGCUUCAGCAGGCUCUUGUGCACACCUCUGGCCAUGGAGUGCCCAUCUGAUGUACAGAGAGAUUCCCCACAGGCUGCGGGAGAAGAGGUUCUUUCUUUGCAGAACACAGCAGAACAGCUGAGGCAGACUGUGCUGCAGCAGAAAAAGCAGAUCCUCACCGAUCAGGAGGCCAUCAGGGAGCUGACCGGAAAGCUCAGUCGCUGCGAGAACAGUCUUGACAAGGGUUAUCAGGAAGGAGCUGACGGAUGGGGACCGAAAGAAGGAGCCAUGGGAGAUCUGCCCCUGGAUUCCCCCCAAGCGGUCCAGGAACUGGAGGAGGCAGUCAGGACACUCAAAGAUCGCAUUGAAAAGAUUGAGUUGGAAAUUCAGCAGCGAAUGAACAAUGUGACCUCUCCAACAUCCACCUCUCCAUCGCCUCUCUAUGGUAGGGACUCCCUACAGUCUAAACUGCUUGAACUAGAGGCUCAACUUCUUGCCAAAUUAUUGGAGUUGGAGAAGGAGCAGGCAACAGCUUCUGGGGAGAGAGACAAGCAGGACAUAGAGAAGGAGCUCAGCAUAUUGCAGAACCGCAUAGCAGAGUUGGAGCAUGGUUAUCCAGGUUACCACCCAGAGAAUUUCAAGUUAAGCUUUUCGGUCCGCACCAACUACAUGUAUGGACGGAUGAGGAAGACACUACCAGAGCUUUAUGCUUUCACUCUAUGCUUGUGGCUGAAAUCUAAAUCAACCUCAGGGUCGGGGACUCCUUUCUCUUAUUCUGUCAAUGGCCAGCCUAAUGAGAUUGUGUUAUUGGAGUGGGGUCAUAACCCAAUGGAACUUCUCAUCAAUGAUAAGGUUACUCAAUUGCCAGUUAGCCUAAAGGAUGGGAUGUGGCAUCAUAUUUGUGUAGCCUGGACCACAAGAGACGGAAUGUGGACAGCAUUCCAGGAUGGUAAAAAGAAAGGGUCGAAUGAGAAUCUCUCUGCCUGGCACCCAAUCAAACCAAAUGGAGUCAUCAUCUUUGGACAGGAACAGGAUGCUGUAGGUGGGCGUUUUGAUGCAACUCAAGCAUUUGUGGGAGAGGUGGCACAAUUCAACAUGUGGGACCGGGUUUUGACCCUCAAUGAAAUAGAAGGAAUCGCCAACUGCACAAUGCCUCUGUCUGGCAACCUUAUCCAAUGGGAUGACCGUCAGGUGGAUGUCUUCGGUGGAGCAACAAAGAGUCCUUUUGAGAGCUGUGAAGAGCGUUUGGGUCACUGAACCAUACAACAGCAUCCACAUCUCUCACACCCUUACCUUCCCCUUACUGUCACCAUUGCAGGAUUUCACAGCUUCCCAAACUAUGGGUGUGAAAAAAGCACCAGCUUAUGUUAUUCAUCAUGAUAUAUAUAAAACUGUGUCUGUGUUUGGGGUCAGUUAACAGGUUUAGAAUGAAAUAGGCUAUCAAAUACAGUGCUUGGAUAUUUUCCAAUAGACCUGUACAUAUCCUGUGUCGUUACUUUAAUUAGGGAAUUCCUUGGCUAGUAAGCUAAUACUUUCUGGAGAAGUAAAGCACAAAACUGUCAUAGGUUCACUGCAGUAUUACAAUAUGACAAAUACAUUUUGUAUACAAAUACCUUAAAGGGGAACUAAUUAUAUAUAAAUAAUUUAUUUUUAUUUUAAAAGCAUAUAGGCAGGUCAUAAAAAAUGUGAAAUAUUUUUUUCACACUAAACAACAUUUUGAUGCAACUUCUAACCCUAUCGGCUUAAUGUAAUAGCCUCCACUUUUCGGAGAUGCAGGAAUUAUGUGCAAGUCUGCCCUUUUUGUUAAAGCAUUAACCAUUUACAAGACAAAACCAGGUUGUGCCUUGUAAAUGAUUACUGCUUUAAAAAAACGGGCAGACUUGCACAAAAUUCCUGCACCUCCGAAAAGCGGAGGUUAUUACAUUUAGCCAUAUGCCUCUCUCUUACCUGGUAUUUAUUGGCACUCAAUAGUAGUGUUAAAAGCUAACAACAUGCAUUUCAGUGUGGAUAUGGCUGUGAGGAUGAGGAUCUGGCAGGCUGGGAGGAUUUGCCAUGCAAAAUACAGGAUUCUGAUGGCACAUGCCAAUCUUUCCCUCCCCCCCCCAAACCCCCCCCCCCCCCCCCCCUUCCCCUCAUUCUUUCUUACUGGUGAAGUGAGGACCGGGCAUUAGAACAUAAAGUUUAAUAUAAUUUUUUUUUUUUUUAUGUUUGUCCUCUUGUCCGUAUCUGACAUUGACAGUCUAGUGCUAUCCCCCUCCCCAUCAUGGAGGGGACCAAAGCUGUUGUUCCCCUUUAGGUUAGUACUGUAAAAGAGCUAGUUGGUUUAUUUAUAUUAUAUAGUAUUUAUAUGCCAUGACAUAUCUUAGGUCAGUGCAGAAUAUAUAUUGUUAUAUUUAUUUUUUAAAAGUGCUACUGUAAGAUGUAACCUGAAUAUGAGAGCACAUUCAUUAAUGGUCAUUACAUAAAGAUCUGUGAUUUCCCCCAGCAUAUGAACAAAGUUCACGAGGCUAUAAACUACAAUCAUGCAAUCUCUGUGGUUCUGUAUUGUACAAUCACAACUUUGACACACUGUGACAUCAGAUAUCACUGCCAUGUCUCCCAUUCCUAAGUUCCUCCCACUUCCUAUAUAUUUAUUGCUGUAGCCUUAAAGAUUUCCAUUAAACACUAAAUUAAUGAGACGAUUGUUAAUCUCUGUCCAUGCUCACCAAACUUUUCUUUGCCUCUUUCUCUCCCUUCAUUCCUAGAUUUCUCCUCAUAUUUUCUCACUUUUCUUGUUUAUUUGGUACAUUUGUGAACUUAAUUGUGUCUAUUUUGUAAAAUAUCAGUGCGGAAAAUAAAGAUGGAGUUGUGUUUGUUUA